AUGCCUCCGCCACCGCAUCAAAAACCCGAAAAUGUCCUCAAGCGCGCCCAUGAGCUCAUCGGCGUCAACCAGGCGCCCGCCGCCCUGACUUUGCUCCAUGAGCACAUAACCUCUAAGCGCUCCCGAAAUGUUCCCAUCGCCUCCUUGGAGCCGGUUAUGGUGCUCCUGGUCGAGCUUUCUGUCGAGCAGAAGAAAGGAAAGCUGGCCAAGGAUGCGCUGUACCAGUACAAGAACAUCGCACAGAACACAAAUGUCGGCACGAUAGAGCUCGUCUUGAAAAAAUUCAUCGAGCUCGCCGCAGGCAAGGUUACUGCCGCUCAGCAAAAGGCCGAUGAAGUCCAGUCUUCUAUCGACGCCACGAACUCCACAAGCGUCGACGACCUCGAAGCUACCGAGACUCCAGAGUCGAUUCUUCUUGCAACUGUUUCCGGCGAACAGUCUCGCGACCGUACCGAUCGUGCCAUCGUCACCCCGUGGUUGAAGUUCUUGUGGGAGGCCUACCGGACCGUCCUCGACAUCCUCCGCAACAAUGCUCGUCUUGAGCUUCUAUACCAGAGCACCGCCAUGCAGGCAUUUGACUUUUGCCUGAAGUACAUCAGGAAGACCGAGUUCCGCCGCCUCUGCGAGCUGCUCCGCAACCACGUUCAGACUGCCGCCAAGUACUCAACUCAGAUGCACGCUAUCAACCUGAACGACCCAGAUACUCUGCAAAGACACUUGGAAACCCGCUUUCAGCAGCUCAAUGUUGCUGUUGAGCUCGAACUUUGGCAGGAGGCCUUCCGCAGCGUGGAGGACAUCCAUACCCUGCUGAAUUUGAGCAAGCGGCCGCCGAAGAACAUCAUGAUGGCCAACUACUAUGAGAAGCUCACUCGUAUCUUCCUCGUUGGCGAGAACUACCUUUUCCACGCGGCCGCUUGGUCACGUUAUUACUCUCUGCUUCGUCAGUCGGCUGCUGUGGUUGCCAGCGGCCAAGGCAAGAAGGCUGAUAACCCGCCUGCCACACCAGCAGACCUGCAGAAGGCCGCCUCUUUUGUUUUGCUGUCCGCUCUAUCAAUUCCUGUGAUCAGCACUACGCGUUCCCGUGGUGCAAUGGUGGAUUUUGACGAGGCAAAGAAGAACAAGAACUCUCGUUUGACGCAUUUGCUCAACAUGUCCCAGGCCCCCACGCGUGCUGUUCUUUUCAAGGACGCCAUGUCCAAAUCUUUGCUCAACCAGGCUCGUCCCGAGAUCCGUGACCUGUACAACAUACUCGAAGUUGAUUUCCACCCGCUUUCCAUCUGCAAGAAAAUCUCUCCCAUUCUUGCCCAGAUUGGCGCCGAUGAGGACAUGAAGAAGUACGUGCUGCCUCUGCAACAGGUCAUCCUUACUAGGCUGUUCCAGCAGCUUUCUCAGGUCUACGAGACUGUGGAUCUUGAGUUUGUUGAGAGCCUUGCCCAGUUUCCCGAGCCAUUCCAGGUGUCUCGUGCCACUGUGGAGAAGUUCAUCAUGAACGGCAACAAGAAGGGAGACCUUUCAAUCCGCAUGGACCAUGCCACAGGAGUACUUAGCUUCGACACGGAUAUUUUCUCGUCGUCCAAGGCGUCUCACUCAGGCUCUGCGGCCGGUUCGGCAGAGGCCGAGAGCGGCUCUGUUCAGAGACUCCAGAGGACACCGUCUGAGAUUGUCAGGUCACAGCUUGUUCGCCUCGGCCGGGCCUUGUAUACGACAUGCUACUACGUCGAUCCAUCAUUUAACGAGGCUCGUGUGAAGGCCCGCGAAGCCGCGUUGGCGCGGGCCAAGGCGGGUGCUGAGAAGGAGCACCGUGAGAUCCUGGCACGAAAGGACAUAAUCCAGAAGCGCAAGGAGGAGGCCUCGGAUCUGCAGGCUAAACGCGAGAAGGAGAAUGCUAAGAUUAAGCGGAUGCGUGAGCAAGCGCUUCUGGAGGCGGAGCAGCAACGUCUGGCGGAGGAGCAGAAGGAGCGUGAGCGCAAGCGCAAGGAGAAGGAGAUGCAGGAGAUUCGCAAGCAAGAGGCCGAGAGUUUGAUCAAAGAUCUCAAGAUUGGUCCCAAUGCCCUGGACGUCAGCGCCGAAGACUUGGCCAAUCUCGACACCUCGCAGAUUCGCGCCAUCAAGGUUGCCCAGCUUGAGCGGGAGAAGAAUGACAUUAAUGAGAAGCUUCGUAUUACUGGCAAGCGUCUGGACCACCUCGAACGCGCGUACCGCAAGGAAGAGGUCAAGAAGCUUCAUGAGGACUACGAGAACCAGAAGAAGCGUGAUCUGGAGGCUUACAACAAGAUCAAGGAUGAGACUCUGAAGGAGUCCAAGAUCAAGCACGAGGAGAGCGUGGAGCUGAAGCACCGUCUCAGCCGUCUGAUGCCUUUCUACGAAGAAUUCCGUGCCAACCUGCAGGAGAGGCGUCGUGAUGAGUUCGAGAAGCGCCGCCGUGACGCCGAGAGGGAGCUCGAGAAGCAGAUUGCUCAACGCAAGAAGGAGUACCGCGAGAAGAAGUUGCGCGAGAAGAGGCAGCGGGAGGAGGAGGAGAGACAGCUCCGGGAAGCCGAGGAGCGCGCUGCCAGAGAGAAGGAGGAGCAGAAGAGGCGCGAGGAGGCUCGCAAGGAGGAGCUUGCACGUGCCAAGGCUCAACGCGAGGCCGAGAGGCAAGAGAUGGCCGAGAAAGCUGCUCUGCAAGCCCGCAGAGAAGAGGAGGCCCUCGAGAGGAGAAAGAGAGAAAAGGAGAAGUUGGCCUCAGCGCCUCCGGCCUCGGCCGCGCCUGUCAGGGCUUCGGACUCUGCUGGUGGCCCGCCUCGCCUCAACCUGGCUGGCGCAGGUGGCAAGCCCAGCUGGCGUGACAGGGUUCCAUCGCAAAACGCGGCAGCCGCCUCCUCGGACCGCCCUCCUGCCCCGGCACGAACUGCCAACCCUAUGGAACGUACUGAUUCAAACGAUCGUGCUGGUGGUCCUCCCCGGCUCAACCUUGCUCGCCCUGAUGGCGCCAAGCCCAGCUGGCGUGAGCGUGAGCAGGCAAAGGCCAGCGGUGGUCCUGAGCGGGAUCUUCCUCCCAGCAGGGCGGCUUCUGGAAGGGGUCCACCCAUGCACAGGACCGACUCGGGCCGUGGAGAGAACGGCAGGGACGAGUCGCCGGCGCCCAAAGAUUCAUUGACUGCUUCUGGAGCACCGGGCAAGUAUGUGCCGCGGUGGAAGCGCGAGAAUGCCGGAAAUUAG